AUGUCUGACAUACGAAAACCCCAGGUUGACAAGGAGAAGUUGAAAGAGGCCUUUGACGUCUCGAAUUUCGACAUCAAUGCCAUCAUUCGAGGCGUACAACUUACUCUGGUGGGAGCUCAACGAGCAUUACAAAACCCUGGCAUCUUCACCAAUGAACAUUACAAGCAGGCCGCCAUUGCCGUAGCAUCCGGCAUCAUCAUCCGCAUCCUGAUUGCAGUCCCAAUUAUCGGAGUCAGGGUCUUCUUAUGGGUGCUUUCCUUUGUGGUCAACCUCGAUGUGGUAACGUGGGACGAUAAGAUCGUCCACGGGCUCCAUUUCAUUGAGAAUCAUGUUUUGCAAAUCCCUCUCUUCCUCAUGACGCUGAUGCGCUACAUCACACCCACCCUUGACAACCUGUUCAUGGACUCUCUUCAAUGGGUCGAUAUCACAUAUGUCCAGAAGCACAAGGGUGAAAGCCCCGACUCGCUUCGAGAUAUGUACUAUCCGAACCUUCGCCAGUACUCCAAGAAGGACGGAAGCACGCACACCACCAGCACUGCCGAAGCCACGACCAUGUUCCUCUGGAGGUUUGCUCGGAAAGGCCUCAUCUCUCUCGCCAUCUUCGCGCUCUCAUACUUGCCCAUUGUUGGUCGAUUUGUACUCCCGGCGGCCAGUUUCUACACCUUCAACAAGGCAGUGGGCCUUGGUCCAGCAUCCGUCAUUUUUGGUACAGGCAUCUUCCUGCCGCGACGGUAUUUGAUCAUUUUCCUCCAGACCUAUUUCGCCUCGAGGAGUUUGAUGCGAGAGCUCUUGGAGCCGUAUUUUGCUCGCAUCCACUUCACCAAACAGGAGAAGAAGGCCUGGUUCCACAGCCGCGAAGGCCUACUGUUUGGGUUCGGGAUAGGUUUCUAUACUCUGUUACGGGUACCGCUACUUGGCGUGCUGAUCUAUGGCAUUGCUGAGGCUUCCACCGCGUACCUCAUCACCAAGAUCACGGAUCCGCCACCGCCGCCGGCACAGAGCGCUGGAUUUGCGGCCAGCCAGCAGGAGUGGAAGAACAAGCACGAGUUCUUGAGCCUCGAUUUGGCAAACAUGGAUGCGAUCCACGGCAAGGGCCGUGCAGAGCCGAAGAAGGACCUGUAA